AUGAGCUUCAACCUGCUAAGUGUUCCUUUACGAACGUCAAAGCCGAUACCGUUAGGCGAAAGCCUAAAAGAGCUUAUCAACAAUCAGUACUACCAGACAUCUGCUGCGUUCAAAUCGGAUAUCGAAGAGAUCGACCAACUAAGAAAUGAUGUCCUAUCAAUAGAACCAAACAAUGAUGGACUUGCAUUGCUCAAGAGAUACUAUGUACAGUUAGCCAGCAUUAGCCAAAAACUCCCUGAUUAUUUUAUGGAGUAUCCCUGGUUUGGAACAUUAGGAUACCAAGUAACUGGCCCCGUAGCUCUAAAAUCCCUCUAUUUCGAAAGAAUCAAUAUAGCGUACAACAUCGCAGCGACGUAUUCAAUCAUAGGUUUAAACGAGCCCAGAGCUACAGGAGAAGGCUUGAAAAAAUCAUGCAUUUAUUUUCAGUAUAGUAGUGGGGCAUUCGAAAGUGUACUGAAGCUAGUGGAGCAAAAACCGAAAGAGCUGACACUUCCCAUUGAUCUUAGUGUUAACAUUAUGAAAACCCUGGCUAAACUCAUGCUGGCUCAGGCCCAGGAAUGUUUUUGGCAAAAGGCUGUUUCUAACACUUUAAAAGAUAACGUUAUUGCAAGGUUGGCCUUUCAAGUAUCUCAAUUUUACGAUGAAGCUCUGUCUAUGGCUUACAAGUGCGAUAUUUUAAAGUCUGAAUGGAUAGAACAUAUGAGUUGCAAGAAGCUGCAUUUUAAGGCUGCGGCCCAAUUUAGACUUGCUUGUGUGGCAGUCGCUGCUUCUAGACAUGGAGAGGAAAUAGCAAGAUUAAGGAUUGCAAAUACCAUUUGCGAAACAGCAUCUAGAGAAGCCAAGUAUCACCUUCCCUCUGUAUCUUCCGAUUUGGAGAGUCUUUCGAAGAUAAUCAAAGACUCUUUAAGAAGAAGUGAACGUGAUAAUGAUCUAAUAUAUCUGCAGGAAGUUCCUAAUGAAUCAGAUCUUCCUCCAAUUGUUGCAGCAUCUAUGGUUGAACCUAAGCCAAUAGUUGAGUUAAAUUCAGCUGAAUGUGCGAAAGAUACAAAGAAAUACGGCAAAAUCCUUUUCCAUGAUCUUAUGCCAUACUUAGUGAUUGAAAUUGCACAGGCAUUUAGAGAGAGGCAGGAUUCUUAUGUUGUAAAGCAUAUCAAGGAGCCCAUGGAGAUGCUGACAAAGAUUCUUCACACAAUCCUUGCUGAAAAUGGACUUCCGGCGUUGAUAGAUACCAUACAAAGGCCUCAAAGAUUGCCAACCAACAUCCUUGAACAUUGUCAAAUACUCAAUGAAAGGGGUGGCAUGGACAAACUUAAGGUAUUUUUCGAAGAUAUCAGCAAGCUAAGACACAAAAGUGAGCAAGUUCUCCAAAACUGUGUCGAAUUGCUACAAAUGGAAGAGUCCGAAAAUGAGGAAAUGAGAAGGAAGCAUGGAUCACAGAGGUGGAAUUUUGCUGACUCUAGGGAGGCAUCAGCAGAUGUCAGGAAAAGUGUACAGGCACUAGAGGGCUAUUUGAAACAGGCCCAUGAUGGUGAUCAAGUGAUCUGGAAUGACUUCGAACAAUUGAAGCCACUACUAAGCAUGAUGAGUGCUCCUAAUUCAACUAAAUUACUGGAAGAAUUUGUACCAAAUUCAAAAUUCGUCAGACUUCCUCCAGAAUUGAACCGAAUCGUUAACGAAUUAAGAGCUGAUGUUAAUCAGGUCAAAAAGCUCGCAUCGCAAAGGGAAACUUUUAUUAAUACAGUUAAAGUAAAAAGCACCGACCUGUCCAUAUUGCCCUUGGUAGUUUCCCAUUAUAAGAAAUUACAACAAAACAACAUUAAUACGAUCACGACGGAAUUGUUCGAAGAAGUGUUCAGACGACAGGUUAGCAACUUCGAUUCUGAUAUCAGAUUUGUUCAAAAACACAGGGACAACCAAAUCGAGUUAGAGAAGCAUAUUAAAUCUUUGGUCCAACAAUUCAAUCAGCUUAGAGGGAAUAUAGAUGCCUCGCAAGAACGCCAAAAUGCACUUCAGUUGUUGGACGAUGCCUAUAACGGAUACCUUGAUUUGGUAAACAACCUCACACAGGGACUUAGUUUUUACAAUGAUUUCACUGGAAAGGCAAAUGAUGUCUAUUUGAGAUGUCAAGAAUUCUACAACUUUCGUAAACAAGAAGCCAUGAAGCUGGAGCAGGAAAUAUAUGCUGUAUUUGAACAAGGUAAAUCUCCUCAGAAAAAACAACUAGAAGAUCAGGUUUCAGAUCAACCAAAAAGUGAAGUCAAGUCUUCAAAGGGUUAUUCUAAUGAGCUGUGGAACCCCGACGUUGGAAUUAAAUUUGGCUAG